ACUCUAGCAAUGACUCAGCCUUACCCCAGAUUUCAUGAAGGAGGAAACUGAGGCCCGAGAGAGAGUUGGAGUCAUUCAAGGUCAUGCUGUGGAUGACAGGAUUGGACAUUGAGAAGGACCAGAUUAUUGAGAUGGCCUGUCUGAUAACUGACUCGGAUCUUAACAUUUUGGCAGAAGGCCCUAACCUGAUUAUAAAGCAGCCAGAUGAGUUGCUGGACAGCAUGUCAGAUUGGUGUAAGGAGCAUCAUGGGAAGUCUGGCCUUACCAAGGCUGUGAAGGAGAGCACAGUUACACUGCAGCAGGCAGAAUACGAAUUUCUGUCCUUUGUACGACAGCAGACGCCUCCAGGGCUCUGUCCACUCGCAGGAAAUUCAGUUCAUGCCGAUAAGAAGUUUCUUGACAAGUACAUGCCUCAGCUCAUGAAACAUCUUCACUACAGAAUCAUUGACGUGAGCACUGUUAAAGAGCUGUGCAGACGCUGGUAUCCAGAAGAAUAUGAAUUUGCAUCAAAGAAGGCUGCUACUCACAGGGCGCUCGAUGACAUCAGUGAGAGCAUCCGAGAACUCCAGUUUUACCGAAGUAGCAUCUUCAAGAAAAAGACAGACGAAAAGAAGAGGAAACUCAUAGAAAAUGGAGAGAACGAGAAGACCGUGAGUUGAUGCCAGUUCCCACGCUGCCGCCACGGGUUUCUCUGGACGCAACUCCCGGCUACCUUUUCUCUGAUGAUGCUGUUCACCCCGCUGCUCGGCAGAGCUCGUGCUUUCAGUUAACGUACACCGGAGACGAUGACUCCCACAGGCAGCCCCAGAAUCACUGUUUUCCUGUCUGUGCUGAUGCCAUUGAUAAGUGAAGGAGCUUCUUUGUAAGUACCAGGCCCUAUCCACCCCUUGGUACAGAACUGCAUUUGCUUUUAGACGAUUUCUUUUGUUUAAAAAAAUACUAAAAAAUAAAUAAAGCUAGUUCUAUUGAAAUGCAAA